CAAUACCGAAGAGAUCUGUGGUUUUCAGACACCAAAUAUGUUGCCUCAGAUAUGCUUGAGCUUCGAUAAGCUUCUGCCCAGAAGAAGAAAGAAGGAUGCCCGUAGGACGAUGGAAACCAAAAUGGGCGGCGGGGAUCUGCGAUAUGCCUCCGUUACCUGCGCUAGGAAGCCAGAUUCGAACACAAUAGGGUUCCCCCUCCGGUCCGAGAGAAGAGACAGGAACGAAGAGAUCAGAGAGAGGAAGAAGGAGAUGGCGAACAAGGUACCCCAUAUCUCUGACUUGAUCCACCGAGUCGCCUCUUCUUGUCUCACGCACCAUCUCCCGGGAGCCCAUGGACUCGAAAGCGGGAACGAUGUCGAUGGGGAAAUAGAAGAGGAGGAGGACGCUGUGGAGAAGGAGGAAGAGCAGGAGGAGGAAGAGGAGAAUGAGCUCAAGAUAUGGGAAGAAGAGAAAGGGACUGGUCCUGGUGGAGUCUCGGAGAGGGUGAGGGAGAUGGAGUACCUGAUGGGCGAGGUGUUCGACGCGGUUUCGGCGGCGAAGAGGGCCUACGCUUGCCUCCAGGACGCCCACUGCCCGUGGGACACGGACAAGAUGAGGGUAGCCGACACAGCGGUGGUGGCGCAGCUGAGGCGGCUCGGGAGGCUCCGGGAUCGGUUUCGAAGAAACGGUUUUGGUGCGUCGGCCGCCGCGGCGGCGCCGCUGAGGGAGGUGGUGGCGCCGUACGAGGCGGCGCUAGAAGAUCUAAAAAGGGACCUGAAGGCGAAGGAGGCCGAGGUAGAGAGUCUCAAAGAGAAGCUCCGGAGCACCACUCUCGGUGGUUCUGGCAAGAAGAGCCGGCUUCUUUCCAGCAAAAAGGUCGCAUGCAGCAGUAUUUUAGGGGCACCCGGGAUGCCGACUGCGGAGCUGUUCGAGACGUACAUGGAGCAAGUGAAGUCGGCGUCGAAGUCCAUCACCGGCCACCUCCUCUCGCUGAUGCGCUCCGCCCACUGGGACAUCGCCGCGGCCGUCUGGUCUAUCAUCGAUGGCGGCGGCGGCGGCGGCGCAACCGACCACAAUCCCCGCCACGCGAAGCACGCGGUGGAGUCGUACGUGAACCGGAAAGUAUUUCAUGGGUUCGAGAACGAGACCUUCUACAUCGAGGGGUCCCUCACGUCGCUGCUCCGGCCGGCCGAGUUCCGGCGCGACUGCUUCGCCCAGUUCAAAGACAUGAGGGGGAUGGACCCGGCAGAGCUGCUGGGCGUGCUCCCAACGUGCCAGUUCGGCCGGUUCGCGGCCAAGAAGUAUCUGGGCAUCGUGCACCCGAAGAUGGAGGAGUCGCUGUUCGGGGGAGUGGAGCAGCGGCGGCAGGUGAUGGGCGGAGCCCACCCGAGGACGGGAUUCUACGCGGAGUUCCUGAAGCUGGCCAAGGCAGUGUGGCUGCUGCACCUGCUGGCGUUCGCGCUGGUCCCGGCGCCCAGCCACUUCGAGGCGACCAAGGGCGCGGUCUUCCAUCCGGCUUACAUGGAAAGCGUGGUCCGGUUCGCGGGCGGCCGGGUCCCGCCUGGCUCGGUUGUGGGGUUCUCGGUCAGCCCCGGAUUCAAGCUUGGCAAUGGGUCCGUGGUCCGGGCGAGGGUCUACGUCGUCCCGAGAGCCCACGGGGUGUGAAAUCGCUGCCUAAAGACCUCCUGUUUGGCUGCUAGUUUAGACUACUCAUUGUUUGUCCGAUCGGUUUGUCCUUAUUUCGGGAGUGGAUGCCAUAUCCUUUGUAGUCAUUCGAGUGUGGCAUUUUGACGUGCGAGUAAACUUAGUAGCAGGUGCUGCCUCUUAUGUGCAACUUCCGGCGCUACCGGGGUUUAUUCAUGCAAAUCAAGCGUUUUCAUUUGUGGUGCAAUCCCAUAAACUAUAAUUUUCUUGAGCAUAUGAUCCAUAAACGCAUCCUUU